UGUUAUGCAUCUGGGCGGCGCAGAGUUGGAGAAGAGGAAGCUGAUGGGAAAGUGAAAGUAAAGAGCAGAGCAGCAGCGAGAGGAGAAGCUUGACUGUUGGAGAAACGGCUGCAAAGAUUAUAGCAGCGAUGGAGCUUCUUCUGCUGAUCACCAUCUGCCUUCUUACCGGACAGACUUUAGGGAAUGAUCCUGUCAAGAUGAUCUUAAAAGCCAGGGAUCAGGAUGUCCUCUUAUCUUGUUCUUUUAGAGGAGACCUUAGAGAUAAGAAUGUGACAUGGAACAAAGAUGGCAAAGACAUUUAUGUUUUUGGAAACAAAAAGGUUGAGCCUUCAUUAGUAGAUGAGCAGUUCAGAGAUCGGAUCUCUCAUUUCCAAGAUGGGCUCCAGUCUGGAAACGCUUCAAUAAAAAUCACCAAUGCAAAGAUAUCAGACGUUGGAAUCUACAGCUGCUUGUUUUUUGACAAAGGCUUUCAAAGAGGAUUAUGGAAAAUUGAUCUUACUGCUGGUUAUGUCGAAAUCAGAGAAGACGAGGAUGCCAUCCUACCAUGUCAUUAUGGAAUAGACCUGACACAUACGAAAUUUGACUGGAAAAAAAACAGGACGGACAUAUUUUUGUAUGACAACACAGGGGUUAUCAAUUCAACUGAUGAACAGUUUAAAGGUCGGGUCUCUUAUUUUCCAGAUGAGUUACGGUCUGGAAAUGCCUCAAUAAAGAUUAAGGAAGCAAAGCGUUUAGACAGUGGAAUUUACACCUGCAUGAGGAUAAACCAAGGAGGUCAAAAAGAGUCAGAGCUUCACAUUGAGCUUGUUGUUGUUGCCUGUCAAAAGCCAAAUAUUAGGACUACUAAGGUGAAAGAUGGGGUGCAGGUGAACUGUACAGCUCGUGGUGUUUCUCUAAAAUCGAAAAUGGAGUUGAAGAACAGGACUGGGGGCACUGUUUAUGCUAAAGAUCCAAUUGGCGAUGACAUCACUCUUCUUACUCUGGUGACAAAAGAAGACCACUACUAUUGUGUGUUGACACAAGAAGACAUCUGUGUGAAUAAGACAGAAUCGAUCUUUGUGCCUUCUGGUGCAGGAUAUUUCCUCGUCCCUUCAUCAUUGUUAGUGUUCUCAUUAUCGCUGUCAUUGGGAUUUUAGUCAUUCUGGAACAAACUGUCAUUUAAUCCAAUUUGAUAAGUGACAUGAUGCUAAAAGUAAAAACUGAUUUUCAUGGCUUUUUUCAGAGCCUUAACUUCAGGUUGAGGUUUAAAAGAAACUAGUCGCCAUAACUAUAGGCCUGUUUCAUAAAGCUGUGUUAAAAGAACUGUGCCACAGAAAGGUAGCUUAUAAAAAAAACAGCAUUAAUAUGAACUACUUCUAGAAUAAAACCUGAGAAGAGCUCCCAGUUUGAAUGUAUUUCAUUCUAAUUUCUGCUCUGCUUUUAACCUUCCUAGCUUUAUAUUAUUUUAGUCUCACUCUUGUUCUGUUUGCUUGUUAACUGAUUUCGUUAUGGACUGCUUUAACUGAACUAAUGUGUCUCUGCGUUACAUUGAAGGGGUGUGAAUACUUUGUAGUGGCACUGUGUGUAUAUUUAGACCAAACUGCAAAGGGGUCACAUUAUCAAGUUUUAAUGAUGUUACUUGUAAAGUCUGUUAUUUGAAUAUUGAUCUGUUACAGAUUUUAUUAGUCACAAGAUAAAUUUUAGUUUAUUUGUAAUUCGUUAACUAGUGGUUAACAGGUGUAGAAAAGUAUUCUAGUCAUGUUUCUCUAUUAAAUCUAACUCAACAUUUAAAGAGUAGAUCUAGUUUAACAGCUCUGGCCUCUUUCCAACUCAUCGAUUGUCACAGUUGUGUGUAGGGCUGCAACUAAAGAUUAUUUUGCAAAUCGAUUAAUCUGUUAGAUAUUUUUUCGAUUAAUUGGUUAAUAAUCGGAUAGCAGAGGGUUCCUUAAAGAAGACUUUUUUCAAAAUUAAACCAGUUGAAACUAAAACUUUUCCACUUGAGGAGUUCUGGCUAGAGCAUAUUGAAAGAAGAAAGUUUUUAUU